AUGGUGAGCUUCCAGACCGGUGUCGAUGCUGACGAGCAGACGGCCGACGACGAGUCCACCGUGCUCCUCAGAAUUCGGAUACAGCCCGCUGCCAGAGCGCCGCUCACGAUCGAGCCGAUCCAGAUCAUGGGUAUCAGUUCAGUUGUGGCUCCGAACACAACUGCCCUUUUGUUCUACAAUGAACGCCUGGACGACGGUGCUUUGUUCGACUCGCUCCAGCACUUCUUGAUGGUCUACCCCUUCCUAGGCGGCAAAUUCAUCUUCGCCUCGGAGCUGGGUGACGAAAAGCCGGCCGAUGCGGCGGCUUACACUCUGCGUCACCUCCGAACGUGGAUUAAGUGGGGCACAGAGACCGAUCCCGGUAUGCCCUUCACGGUCGUUCAGCGCAAAGAUAGCAUGGCGGCGCAUCAGCCUCGAUUUGUACACAAUGGCGUAACUGACCUGACGCCGUUCCAUGGCAAUGCGCUGACCCCGCCCACCAAGGGUCUGCUCGCUGACCGCGACACUCCGUGCGGCAUGAUUCAGGUCACCCACUUCACGGACGGGACCUCGGUCGCGCUCAGCGUGUCGCACAUGCUCGCGGACGCUACGACAGCCGCGCAGAUGCUGAAGGACUGGGCUGCGAUACACCGUUCAUUAGCGGCGGGCAAGCUGGAAAUUCCCUCUCGCCCCUUCCACUAUGCCGAUGUAGACGGGCAGGCAGCGGGCGAUCUGAACUCCGAGUUCGAAGACCCGGUUCAGACCGAGAUUGAAAGCAAGCAGGACAUGUUCCGGUACGACGGGUGGGCGUCGGGCAUGCCGAUUCCCGACCACUUGAAGGCGGCAGACGAGCGACAGGGCUCUCCGCGCGGCAAGCCGCUCCCGCCGAAUUCGCUCGUAUUCGCCCAGGACGUGGCGUAUCACGCCGUGCACUUUUCAGCCGCGGACCUAGAGCGCAUCCACGCACGGGUGCAGGGGCAAGCCGAGGGUUUCGUUUCGAUCCACGACGCGUUCGCGGCGCACCUUUGGCGCCUGAUGACACGUGCGCGCCAGCAGACCGGCACGCUCGACCUCAACGUUGCCUGCGAUGCGCGGCGCCGCUUCCCUCGCCCGUUGCCCUCGAACACGCUGGGCAUGUUCAACACCUGCCUAGGCUUCCAAGGUGAGGCGGACGUGCUCCUCGGCGAGAAGGGGGAGGUGUGGGCCGCUCAGCGCCUUCGCCAGGCGAUCGGAAGCUUCACGCCUGAAACGAUCGCUGCAUUUCUGCACAGGAGGGCGCACGAUCUCCACCCCAUGCGAGAGCAGAUCUGCGCAUGCCAUCCCGAGAACACGAUCAUGACAACUUGGGCGCGUGCGGGUCUGGAAGAUGUCGAUUUUGGCAAGGGCAAGCCGGUCUACACCCACUUCCAUGUUCAGGCAUUCCCCGGAUACGUCUGCAUCAUGCGCGAGUGCGGGGAGGGGAAGAAGUGGUACGAGCCUGGAUUGCAUGCGGAUCUCUGGCUGGAGAAGGAGGCCAUGGAGCGUUUCCUCGCGGAUCCCGAGCUCCGCCGUUGA